CCAAUGAAAACACUUGAUCAUGAGUUGUUCGUGUAUAAAAGAACACAGUGCUGCACUUCACUCUGAAACACGCAACACAUACAGUAUACUAUAUGUGGAUAAAUUGCAGCCUUUCUGAAUUGAUAUUUGCACUUAGCUAUUGUUAUUUUGGUUUUAUUUGGAUUAAUCGUGUAGUAUUUACUGCAGACUAACAAAGGCUCCUGAUGUUCUGGUUUGUAAGUAUCUAUUCUACUUUUUCUUUUCAUCAGUCUGGGGAGACAUUGCCAGAUGGUUGUCACUCAGUGCUGUGCAACCCAUCAGGAACGGUAAUGGCGCAGAGCCACCGCAUCAACUGUGAGAAGAUGGAGUCUCUCGUCUGCAAAAAUAGCCUCCCAGGCCUCCACUACAAUCACAUCUACGGCUGUACCUGGACCUGCCCCUGUAGUUGUAUGGGCAGCUUCACUAGUCACGUUGUGUCAUUUUCGGUUGCGGCUCUGAAGCUGAGAGCCACCUGCUCCUAUUUGCUGCUUCGCUCAAGAGGGGUGGAGCUAGUGUUGCAUACAGCUGACUGUCAUAGCAUGCCCAAUCAGAUCUGAAUGAAGAGUCUGGAGCUGAGGGAGGGCAGGAUGAGUGUGGUGCUACGGGAUGACAUGAAGGUGACUGUGGGCGGUGUAAUUACCGCUGUCCCAUUCAGGAGUCAGGGAGUGACUGUGACACAGAUUGGUGCAAUACUGCACCUGCUGAGAUCAGAGCAGCAUGGAUUCACACUCACCUUCACUCCCCACAGCAAUGAAUUUAUGGUCAAUAUGGACAUCGCCAUGAAACCCAACACCACUGGCUUAUGUGGUACAAUCUCUGAUGAUCAGACAGGUCUGGUGUUAUCUGACGGCCGUGUGACCACAGACCCUGACGUGAAUCUGAAGGAAUGGACUCUGGAUGAGUGUGUCCAGCAUCAGGAGGUUCAGUCGUGUGCCGUGGGGGUGACGAAGGGCUGCGAUGUGCUGAACUCUGAGGUGUUCAGCCGCUGUCACGCGCUGGUCCUCCUGCAGGACUAUGUGCAGAUCUGCCGGCCCGUGGCCUGCCAGCCUAAUGCUGUGUGUGACCUUGUUACUGCAUACAGCAGGGAGUGUGUGACUGGAGGACUGGAGUCUUCUGUGAUUAAUGAGUCACCAUGUCAUGCCCAGACUCAUCGAAGCAGAUGUUUGGAGCAGUGCGGACAGGGACAGUUCUGUCCUGGUGACAUGAUGGGUGAUGGUUUAAUGAAGGGCAAUGGAUCAGCGUGCUUGAACACUCCCACAGAGGGCUGUUUCUGCUCUGAAGGGUCCGUGUUCAUUUGAGAUAAGUGUGUAAUCAAAGAGACCUGCAGCCUGAUAUUGCUAUUGCCACCACUUUAUAAAACCAAUAAGCCUCUGGCAUUUAUGGAAAGCUGGAAUCCUGAGGAAAACCCCUGUCUCUGUGUGUGUAUGGAUCAGCAGCGCAUUAACUGCACAGGGUUGCCUUGCAUCAAUGCUAAAGCCCCAGAGUGUGGACAAUGUGAGGUUCUUCGGGAGAAGAUGGGAUCUAAGUGCAGUCCUGAAUAUGAGUGUGUGUGUGACCUGAACUGUAAGCGGUCAGAUCCCCCUCACUGCACUCACAGGCUCAGUGUCAUCCUCACAAACCCAGGAGAUUGUCUGCCAGUUUACCAGUGUGUUUGCAAAAAGGAUCAGUGCCCUGUGACAACAAAACCAUCCUGCUCUGCAUACAAGUAGCUGUCGGUCACACUGUCGGAGUGCUGCGAUUCAUAUGAAUGUGUGUGUGACUGUCAAAACAUCACUCGCACCUGCCCCCCGGGCUACAUUACGGAGACCACCGCCAAUUAUUGCGGCUGCAUAGAGGUCACCUACACACCCGAUAAGGUGUGUCUGGUGGACGCUGUGGUCUACCAGGUGGGAAGCAGGUGGAAAGAGAAGUGUAAAAGCUACACCUGCACGGAGCAAGUAGACUGAGAGACCGGCCUGCAUAUUGCUCAGUGUGUGGACCCUGUCUGCAACCAGAUCUGUCCUCUGGAGAACUUUUGA